AUGACCACUCACAAAUCUGGUCAGAGUGGUAGAAAAAAAGUUCAGGUUUCAUUUGUUAUAAGAGAUGAAGUUGAAAAGCAACAUAGAGCAGGUGUCAAUUCCUUACAGUAUGAUCCUCACAUGCAAAGGUUGUAUUCUGCUGGUAGGGAUAGUAUUAUUAGGACAUGGAAUACAAAGUCAUCUCGCGAACAGUAUAUACAAUCAAUGGAGCAUCAUACUGAUUGGGUUAAUGACAUAGUCCUCUGUUGUGGCGGCAAAAAUUUAAUUUCUGCUAGUUCUGAUACAACAGUGAAGGUCUGGAAUGCCCAUAAAGGAUUCUGCAUGUCUACACUCCGGACACAUAAAGAUUAUGUUAGAGCUCUUGCUUAUGCUAAAGAUAUUGAGCAAGUAGCCUCAGCUGGGUUAGAUAGAGCUAUAUUUUUAUGGGAUGUCAAUACCUUAACUGCAUUAACAGCUAGUAACAAUACCGUUACAACUUCAUCUAUUACUGGAAGUAAAAAUUCUAUUUAUAGUCUUGCUAUGAAUCCUUCUGGAACUGUGAUAAUUAGUGGUAGUACUGAAAAAGUUUUGAGAGUUUGGGAUCCAAGAUCUUGCAAUAAACAAAUGAAAUUAAUUGGUCAUAGUGAUAAUGUGAAAGCUCUUGUAGUAAAUAGAGAUGGAACUCAAUGUCUAUCUGGUAGCUCUGAUGGAACUAUUAAACUUUGGUCAUUAGGACAACAGCAGUGCAUACAAACAUAUCGGAUACAUACUGAAGGUGUAUGGGCAUUGAUAGCAACUGAAGGUUUUACGCAUGUUAUAUCUGGAGGACGGGACAGAAAAAUUUAUUUGACUGAUCUGAAAACUAAGCAAUCAGUAUUUUUAUGUGAAGAAGAAGCUCCAAUUUUGAAAAUGGCUGCAAACUCUGAUUUUUCUGGCAUUUGGGUUGCAACCUCCAAUUCUUCAAUUAACUCUUGGAGUGUACCUAAAAAGGAUUCACUUCCUGAUGAAGAUAAUAUCGAACCUGUUUAUACGCAACCUGAGCAGACUAUAAAAGGAGGACCAGCAAUUCGUAAAUUCCAUAUACUCAAUGAUAAGCGUCAUAUUCUCACACAAGAUACUGAUUCAAAUGUGGCUGUGUACGAUGUGCUGAAGGCUUGUAAAGUUGAAGAUCUUGGAAAAGUGAAUUUUGAAGAAGAAAUAAAAGCUCGUUUCAAGAUGGUAUUUGUUCCAAGUUGGUUUAAUGUUGACUUAAAAACAGGAAUGCUAACGAUUCACUUAGGUCAAGAUGAAGCUGAUUGUUUUUCAGCUUGGGUGUCUGCAAAAGAUGCCGGUUUGGCCCAUAAUGAUAUUAUUGACCAAAAAGUAAACUAUGGUAGCCUGCUAUUAAAGGCUCUCCUGGAGCACUGGUGGUCAACGUUAGUUGCUGAAGAGGAUGGAGAUUGCCAUCAAGAUGGUCCUAUUUCAAAUAGCCCUGUUAAAGAUUAUUUUAGAGUACCUCAACAUACACCUUUAAUUUUCAGUGAAGUUGGUGGAAGAACUUUGUAUAGGCUUCUUGUACAAGAUGCUGGAGGUGAAACUGAAAUGUCUAUUUUGCAUGAAACAGUACCAUCAUGGGUCGCUGACAAAGUUGUCGAAAAGAAUUUACCCAAGUUCAAUAAAAUUCCUUUCUAUCUAGUGCCAUAUGCAAGUUCUAAUGUUAAAAGCAUAAAAAGGGAAAGGCUGUCGGCUAAUGACUUUAUUCAAAUGCAUAAAGUUGCAGAACAUGUCUAUGAAAAAAUGUUGGGAUCAGAGACUGGAUCUAUGGCUGGUGCAGGCUCACCGAAUGACAGAUAUGAGGACACUGAUUCCACCUCACUUGCUGAGGACAAAGUUGAAUUACUUUGUAACGAUCAAGUUCUAGAUCCAAAUAUGGAUUUGAGAACAGUAAGGCAUUUUAUAUGGAAAUCAUCUGCUGACCUGACACUGCACUAUCGCCCACUAAAAGGAAACUUGAGGCCAUGA